AUGGAUGAAGAUAUAUAUGCAAACACUGGAAAUGUUUUAGAGCUCAAAUCUACUGCUUCUGAUGACAGCAAUGAUUCAUACGAAGAGAUUGACAUGGAUGAAGACGUCCCAGAUACUCGUACAACCAGGAGCCAUAAGGGAACCACAGGAAAGGGUUCUACAGGAAGCAGGUGCUUCAGACUGGCUGCAGUGUUUCUGGGUCUGCUGUGUGUUCUCCUGCUGACUGCCAUCAUACUGCUGUGGUUCAAGUUCACUGUAGAGCUUGACCAAUUACAGACCAGUUACACCAACCUGAAUGCAGAGAGAGACCAGUUACAGACCAGUUACACCAACCUGACUGCAGAAAGAGACCAGUUACAGACCAGUUACACCAACCUGACUGCAGAGAGGAACCAGUUCCUGAAAGAAAAAGAACUCCAGAAUGUGCUUUCGGAACUGAUGAAGCUCUGUAAACCGGAAUGGAAGUACUUUAAAUCCAGUAUUUACUACAUCUCCACUGAGAAGAAGAGCUGGAGCGAUAGCAGGACAGACUGCAGAAAUAAACAAGCAGACCUGCUGAUCAUCAACAGCAGAGAGGAACAGGAAUUCAUCAAUGCAAACUUUGGCAAAACUGAAGCUUGGAUUGGUCUGACUGAUGCAGAAACAGAGGGGGUCUGGAAAUGGGUGGACGGUUCAGCUCUGACCACUAGGUUCUGGGCUGAAGGAGAACCCAAUAAUUAUGAAAAUGAAGACUGCGCUAUAACCAGCUUUCAGAGAGCUAAAUCUGAUAUAUUAACCUGGGCUGAUUACCCCUGUCAUCACCCUGUUCCCUGGAUCUGUGAGAAAGUCCUUAAUUGAAGUUGAACAACAGGAUGUUCUAAAGUGUUCAUUUACACAUAUUGGAUAAUCUCAAUUAUUACAAUUUCUUUUUAUAACUAUGAGAAGUUACAUGAACUGUAGUUAAGUCCAUGAGUUCUAGAGGUGACCUUGUGGUUAGUGGGGUCCUAUUGUCAGAACUUUAAAUACAAUUAUACAAAAAUUUUAACAUCACAGAAAAGCUUUUUUGUCUGUAUAAAAUCUAUUGAUGGAUAUUUUCUCUUAGAGGUGUCAUCUAAUGAAGCUAUGUA